AAGCCUCUCGACGCAUUCAUUAUUUAGUUGUAGUCAUGACCGCUCGCGUGUUGAUUCGUAACUCGUUUCCCGCGAUUAUUUUAAGAAAAAAACAUGUUUGGUCUAAUGAAAAUGUGGUCAGAUCGCCUUGUAAAGAUAUUGUUAUACCGGAGUGUACUGUGAACGAGUUUGUAUGGCGUAAUUUGGAUAAAUGGGCGAAGAAAACUGCUACGGAAUGCGCCAUUACGAAUAGAAGUUACACGUAUGGCCAGCUACACAAGUUUAGCCGAAUACUAGCCGCCAACCUAAGGAAGAAGUUUGGAAUAAACGACAGAGAUACGGUGGGCAUCAUAUCUCCUAAUUCUCCUGAAUACCCUAUAGUUGCGUUAGGAGCAUUGGAUGCUGGAGCAACGCUUACUACUUUCAAUCCCAUUUACACGCCAUACGAAAUACAAACUCAAAUCCAGCAAUCGGGAUUGAAAGUAAUAUUUGCUCACCCCGACACAAUAUCAACUGUACAAGAAGCGUUAGUACUCAGUAAGAAGCAAAUACCAAUGGUCUGCUUAGACUCAGGAACUACUAGAGUUGAGGGCACAGUAUCGUUCAAAGAGCUUAUAGAAGAUAAUCAUGUGGAUUUAGACAUUUUGAAGAAGGUUAAAGUCAAGACAAGCGAUGUUGCGUUCUUGCCGUAUUCGAGUGGGACUACGGGUCUACCUAAAGGAGUGGAGUUGACUCAUCGGAAUAUUGUGGCAAACUGUGCCCAGCAGGAUACAGAAUUGAAGCAUUAUAAUCCUGAUGCGCCAUACCAAGAGAACCAGCUACUGGUGUUACCAAUGUACCAUAGCUACGGGCUGAGCAUCGCCAUGGUGCACAAGCUGUGUGUGGGGAUAAAGCUGCAUGUGCUGCCAAAGUUCCAGCCCGAUACCUUCCUGAAGGCUAUGAGGAAUAAUAGAAUUAACAUUUUGUAUGUGGCACCACCUAUUGUGCUGUUCCUCGGGUCACACCCCCAAGUAACCCCCGAGAUAUUCGACCACAUCACUUGCAUGAUGUGUGGCGCCGCGACAUUGGCCCGGGUUGAUAUCGACAAGGUGUUCGCCAAAGCUCAGCGGGUGGUGGAACUCUCACAGGGCUACGGUUUGACAGAGACCUCACCGUUGGCUACAGCGAAUCCCCUCGGAGCUAAGGACUACACGACUGUAGGCUGUGCUCUGCCUAACGUGGAGUUACGGAUCGUGGAUGGAGAAAUGAGAAACUUGGGCCCUAAUGAGGUAGGCGAGCUAUUGAUUAAAGGACCAAACGUCAUGAAGGGCUACAAGGACAAUCUUGAGGGCAACAGGCAGGUGUUCGCGGAGGGCGACUGGUUGCGGUCUGGAGAUCUUGCUUCCAUUGACGAGACGGGCGGAGUCACCAUCGCUGAUAGAUUGAAAGAACUAAUCAAGGUAAAAGGAUACCAAGUACCACCAGCGGAGUUAGAAAAUGUGAUCAAACAGCAUCCUGCCGUUUUCGACGCAUCAGUUAUUGGUAUUCCUGAUUCUUACUCAGGAGAGAGGCCCAAAGCCUUCGUGAUGCUGAAAGAAGGGGCGAUUGUGACUGAUAAUGAAAUAAUGGACUUUGUUAAUAAAAGAGUAGCGCCUUAUAAGAAGAUAAAAGAUUUGUCGUUUAUCGAGAGCAUACCGAAAAGUCCGUCUGGUAAAGUGUUGCGGCGCGUGCUGAAAGAUAUGCACAGUAAAAAAUGAUAGAUAAAAUAACAAACAACAUCAUCAUCAUCAACAACAACAACAACAACAACAACAACAACAACAACAAGCUUACAAGCAAACAAAAGCAAGCAUACAAGCUUCACAAAAAAUUAUACUCGAAGUUGAAAUAAUAGAUUAAGAUAAAUUAUCUAAUUAAAGCUUGUAACGUGUAACGUAAAAACGUUACAUAACCUUGGUUACAUUUACAAUAGUUAAAUUAAAUCAUUAGAUAACUAAUAUCCUAAUAAAAACAUAAAUACCUUAAUAAUAAUAAAACACUUACCUAAAAUACACUAAAAUUAAAAUACAUUAACAUUAUAUAAAUACUUAGUAUCAAGUCUCAACUUGUGUCCUCUUUUCUGCGACGCACUGUACUUCGCGCAACAUUCCUUUGUUUCGAAGUAACCGGCUGUUGGCGUUCCCCGCCCCGCGCCCUGCUCCCGCGUCGGCCCACUCGCCAGCGCUGCCGGUCAGACAGAUCUAGCUUUCGAAGCCGGCGCACGUUCGCUUUGUCUCCGCGCAAGCGACUCUAGACGUAGCCGGCGAGUUUUAAAAUCGAAUUUUAGAUUUUUUCUUUUUCUUGUACUCGUUCAGUACUAAUUCACUAAAUUCAGUGUAAUAAAUCCCCUUUGGGUAAGUGUUGAACAUUUCUUACGCUUAUUCUAAGCAGGUAGAUUUGAAUGUUAUUUCUAACGGCUAUUUCGCUAUGCUAUUUCUUUGUGUGAUUUUGCUUGCCACUUAAUUUAGGUACUCUUGCAAUCAUUCCACUCUUAUUUCAUCUCGUUUUAAUUGCUAAAUUGUGUUUAUUUAAAGUCUAUGAGAUAAUUUAAUUUCCAGUAAUUUUUAAAUUCAAAAUUUGACCGUUAGAUCCUAUACUCAGUUUUGUUUUAUAACUUGUUCUUUUAAACUUAACAUCAGUGCAAAGUGUAAACUCCGUCUGACUGUACCAUUCCGCACAUCACCAAACUUUCACCAUCAUCAUCACGCAGUACUGCUUCCUUCUUUGCUUCUUGCCGUGCCGGGUACAGUCAGCGGAGACAUAUAAAGAACUUCUCUUCACACUAUGGAAAUAAAUUCCAGGGAGCCUAGUUACGGCUAGAACCGUAGCCGUGAAGACCAGCCGGCAGUUCCUGAGCGGCCCAGCUGACGUCCCUCAGCUCGUCCGUCUCCGUCUCCAAACCCGCAGUGGCUCCGGCAGCUUCAGGGGAGUACUUGCGUGGUGGAACUGUCCUCGGAGCAAAAUCAGUACCGGCCUAGAACCCUACCCUACGACCUAUUCGUGUGCUUGCGGCGGAGAAUAAAUUAGUUACUUUUCUUAACUCUUUGUUUAAUUUCCUCUCCGCCUACCCGUAGCAAACGUGUUUAUAAAUACGGCCAAAAGUAAUAAGUAAAGAUAAGUAGGAGGAUAGUUAAAGAAAGAUUAAGAUAUUUAGGAGCGUGAACUACUUAAAUUACUAAAAGGUAACUAAAAUCAGAACAAAAUAAAUUAAUCACUUCGACUGACUGGAAGAGAUGCCUUAUUAUGGAUAAGUUCGCCUGUACAUUGUAUAUAUUUUAUUGGCUAAACUACUAUAAGUUUGAGGGUUAUGUGUGUGUGUUUAAAGAUCGUCAUCAUAAAGUGAUACUAAUCUAUUUAUCAUAAGCGAUAAUUAACAAUGAUAAUUAUGUUGAAAUUAUUUGGCGUUCUAUGAAAUAAUACGAUUAAAAUUGACGUUAGGUAAAAACAUCAAUUACCAACAGGCCAAUUCGAACGUGCUCCUAACAUCAAAUCGAUAUUGAAAUUAUAUCCUUGCUUCGUUUGUUGGAUUAGAAAUAAGCACAAUCUAGUUUCACGUUAUUACACGUAAUAAUACACUGAAUUUGAAAGAAUAGAAAAAAUAUUGUUUUAAUGUAUUGAACUCCUUCAGAACUUCUAGACUUCUAGUGUAAAUUUCAUUCAAUAGCGUGACGAGCGUUCGCGUUUGCGUUGUCUAUUUUUGUAUGGGAUUUUCAACAGCGCAUCAAGCGGGACGUUUUCGAAACUCAAAAUCCCAUACAAAAUGACACUUAAUGCUAACGCGUACUUACGUCACUUUACACGGGGGGUACUGACGUUACCAUCAUUUACAAUUUUCGAUGCUACGGCGCCUGCUCAGAGCGAGCAGUCAGCUCAUAGCAGUCAGAGCGAAUGAACGCGCGAAUACUGAUAUUUAGGAUUCCAAAUCAAAUCAGAUAUGUUUGAUCGCAGAUGCAUGUUCGAAUUGUACUGCUAAUCUUAAUGACUGUAUUAAUGUCUAGGUAUAUAUAAGUCGCGUAUCUGAUUUUCAUGUUAAAAUACCGGAGAUAGUCUAUAUAAAAUUAUAAAUUCUAAAAACUAUUUAUUACUCUACAAUUCCAUUCAUACUGUGAUGUAGUCUUCAAUAGUUUAGCGUCAUUAAAAUGAAAUAUUUCCCUUUUGUUACAAUUUUACCGAUUUUGCUGUGCUACUGCGGCAAACCAUACCAUCUGAAUGUCCUCUGUACACAGAACUGCUCAAAUCCACAACCUCCUUUGAUAAAGCCUGCGCCCUUUAAAUCUACUGUAGAACUGCACACCAUCAAAGGUCAUUCUAUCAUUAGAGGAAACCUUACAGUGGAAAAGGAUAUACCAGGAUUUGACAAGGAAAUGUCAAUUUUCGCCGGAAA